UCCCUCUCCUCUUAUACCUCCUUGCUCAGCUCCUGGAGAACACUCUCUUCUGCAGCCUCUGCUCCUCUCCUGCCCUCACAUCAGAACAACUGCCAUCAUGUCCAAGACGCCUCAAUUUCAGAAGUCUACAAACGUUGUAUACCAAUCCCACCAUGUGAGCCGUAACAAGAGAGGACAAGUCGUUGGCACCAGAGGAGGCUUCCGCGGCUGCACUGUUUGGUUAACAGGUUUGUCGGGAGCUGGAAAAACCACUCUAGGGUUUGCCUUGGAAGAAUACCUGGUGUCUCAUGCUAUUCCCUGCUACUCUCUGGAUGGUGACAACAUCCGCCAUGGGCUAAACAAAAACCUGGGCUUUACCUCGGAGGAUCGGGAAGAGAACAUUCGCCGCAUUGCAGAGGUCGCAAAACUCUUUGCUGAUGCUGGUCUGGUGUGCAUCACCAGCUUCAUUUCUCCUUAUGCCAAGGAUCGUGAAGAAGCUCGUAAAAUACAUGAUCUCGCUAGACUGCCAUUUUUCGAAAUCUUUGUGGAUGCACCAUUAGAUAUCUGUGAAAGAAGAGAUGUGAAGGGCUUGUACAAGAAGGCCAGGGCUGGAGAAAUCAAAGGAUUUACAGGAAUUGACUCAGGAUAUGAGAGGCCAGAUUCUCCAGAACUAGUGCUGAAGACAAAUCUCUGCAGUGUAAAUGAAUGCAUCCAGCAGAUUGUGGAGCUGUUGCAGGAGCGGGAAAUUGUUCCAUCGGGAGCUACAAAGGAAGUCCAUGAACUGUUUGUACCUGAAAACAAGUUGAAGCAGGCUCAGGAGGAGGCAGAGAACUUGCCUGCAGUAGAGAUUACUAAGCUGGAUCUCCAGUGGGUACAGGUCCUGAGUGAAGGCUGGGCCACCCCACUCAAGGGCUUUAUGCGUGAGAGGGAAUAUCUACAAGUCCUACAUUUUGACACCCUCUUAGAUGAUGCGAAGCAUAACUCAGAUCUAACAUUCUCAAAGUCUCUUGGCGGUGUUAUCAACCUGAGCAUUCCCAUCGUGCUUCCAGUCUCUUCAGAGGAUAAAGAAAAACUGAGCGACACCACAGCAUUUGCUCUGGUGUAUGAGGGAAAGAGAGUGGCCAUUAUUCGGAACCCUGAGUUUUAUGAACACCGAAAGGAGGAAAGAUGCGCUCGUGUUUGGGGCACUACUUGUGCCCAGCACCCACAUGUCAAGAUAGUCCUGGAAAGUGGUGACUGGCUGGUCGGUGGAGAUUUGGAAGUUCUGGAAAGGAUCAGAUGGGGAGAUGGUUUAGAUCAAUACCGCUUCACACCUCUGGAGCUGAAACAAAAGGCUAAAGAAAUGAAUGCUGAUGCUGUAUUUGCUUUCCAGCUCCGCAAUCCUGUUCAUAAUGGACAUGCUCUGCUCAUGCAGGAUACAAGGCAGCACCUGCUGUCUAGGGGAUAUAAAUGCCCAAUACUUCUCUUACACCCACUCGGAGGGUGGACUAAGGAUGAUGAUGUGCCCUUGGAUUGGCGCAUGAAGCAACAUGCAGCUGUACUUGAAGAAGGUGUCUUGGACCCAAAAUCCACCAUUGUUGCUAUCUUUCCUUCACCAAUGUUAUACGCUGGACCCACAGAGGUUCAGUGGCACUGCAGGUCUCGAAUGAUUGCUGGAUCCAACUUCUAUAUAGUAGGGAGGGACCCUGCCGGUAUGCCACAUCCUGAAACCAAAGCAGAUCUUUACGAACCGACACAUGGAGGAAAAGUGCUGAGCAUGGCACCAGGCCUGACUUCUGUGGAGAUCAUUCCAUUCAGAGUGGCUGCAUACAACACAAAGAAAAAAGCCAUGGAAUUCUAUGACAAGGAAAGACACAAUGAAUUUGACUUCAUCUCUGGUACCCGCAUGAGAAAACUGGCACGUGAAGGACAAAACCCUCCUGAUGGCUUUAUGGCUCCCAAAGCUUGGAAAGUCUUAACAGAUUAUUAUUGUUCCCUGGAAAAGAAUUGUUGAUUUCAGCUACAAGUAAUGGAAAUGUUAUAGUCUAGUUUUUUUCUAAUUCUUUAUAUAUAUAUAUAUUAAAUUAAAACUUAAUACAUCUUAAAUCGUAAUAAUAUGCUUUUAAUACAGUUGUAAUGACAAUUUUUUAUCAUUGAGAAUCCUUUGUCAGUUUAGCAUAAAGGUUACACUUAACCAAUAUCAACAGUCACCUUUACCACUGAUUGAGACUUCUGUUCCUUGUAAACUGGGUAAUCUUGUCUUUAUGUAAAUAAUAAAACAUACAUAUCCUGAUAAACAUUGCGCAGUAACAAUGUGCACAAUAUUCCACUUGUUGGACAAGCAAUUCGUGCUUUAGAGCUGCUCUUCCUAAUGUAAAUUGGGAUGUUAAAGAGGUUAUCCAGGAAUAGAAA